UUCGUUUGAUGUCAAAUAAACUUAAGGCUAAACAUUCUAUUACAUUAGUUAUUCUUUUCCAUUUAGUGUUGACAACUAACGUAAGUGUGACCGUCAUUUGAAGAUUUUUUUCUAACAUAUCCGGAAUAGAGUCAAUUUGAAUAGUUCUAAAAUUUGAUAAAGCGAUAGGAUAAUUAUAUAUUAACAUAUAUAAUUCAUCAUUUUGACUGCGUUUAUUAGUAAUAAUUAAAAUUUAUUGUAAUUACAUUUUAUCCAAAAUGAAUAACGGACACGCCUUGCGUGGGUUUUGCUGCCGCCCUCAUCCAAGCAAGAAAAGUAUGCAGAAAAUGUCACACUCAUUUUUAAACGUGACAGACGGGGAUUUUAAAUCAUCAUAUCCGGAUAAGUAUUCCCGACAUCUUUAUUUUGAUUUCACAAUUGGUGAUGGUCCUGACGAUGAAAGUGGCGGUGACAAUGGUGGUGCUGAUGACAAUGGCAAUAGCGGUGGCAAUGGCGGUAGAGGUGGGAGCGGUAGUAUAAUGGGUUCUUUAGCAGAUAUGGCAACUAUAACAAAUACGAAUCUAUUGAACUAUGACGCUAUUAAAACCAACUUAACUGUCAAAAAUUUGCCACUUAAUGCAACGGAAAAUCAGCUUUACAAUAUAUUUCGGACUUGUGGUCCCGUUAAUAGUUGCAAUAUAUUUAGAGAUAUUAACAGUGGAUAUAACUUCGGAUAUGCCAAUGUUGAUUUCUUCAAAGCAGAAGAUUCAUACCAUGCUGUCAAGAACUUAAAUGGAAUUAUGAUGAACAAUAAGCGCUUAGAAGUUUCAUACGCUCAUCCUAAUCAUGAAAAGUUGAAGGAUACCAUUUUAUAUAUCUCAAAUCUUCCAAGUACUUUUACUGAUUACAAAUUAAAAGCGCUUUUUAGUCAAUAUGGUUCAGUUAUACAAUACCACAUUGCAAGAGAUAAACAAACGGGCGAAUCUAGGGGAUAUGCAUUUGUCAGGUUUAACAUGCGCCACGAGGCAUAUAAAGCUAUUUCAGGUCUCAAUAGAGCAACGGUAGUGCAGCGUACUAAACCUAUUUCUGUGCAGUUGAAUAGUCACUCGAUCAAAUUGUAUUAUUAUCAGUGGAUUCGCUCAGAAACUCCAAAUAUUAAUCAUCAUUGUGAUGAUACUUUGAUGAUGAAUAAUUAUUGCAUGGGUAGAGUUGGAUCAAAUCAGAAUCGUUUUAAAGCAAUUCAUCGUCAUUACAAUUUCCCCAAAUUCAUAUAAAACUUUUCUAUAAUUUUUUAAAAAUAUGUAAAA